AUGGACCAUCCUUUUGCAAAUCCGCCACGGCUUCCAUCUCCCAUCAAGGGCCGCAUCAACCACCACGAGCCCAGGCAUCAGCAUUCGCGAACCGUUUCACGCUCGCCUGUCAGGCAACAUGCCCGUGACUACAAUGAUCCCCUGCUGCGGCACCUCUCGCCGACCUCGACACUGCGCGCUUUCGUGACAGACUCGGACACCAUGAGCCCUUCCGACGCCCUGUUUGCUAGUGUCCGGCACUCGUCCGUCUCUGAGCGUGCUCUGGGAGCGAAGGCCGCGCAAACCUGCUUGGACCUCCGCAACUGGACUCGCGAGAUGCAGAGUUGGGAGUGGUCAGGCACCUUCGACGUCCCAGAACCAGCCCGCAGGAAGACGCGCGUGUCGACCGUCACGUUUACCAGCAUGCUUUCGCAGAACACCAUUGCCACCGCAGAGGACGAAACAGAAGGCUCUGACGGGGAAGAAGAGUACUGGGGCUCUCUGCCUGCUUGCACAGUGGAGAUGUACGAGAAACGUGCGGACGAAAUUGGACAACAGCUGGAUCAGAUCGAUGUAGAAGAGCUGAAGGAAUAUGUUCUGGUUUCACAUUACCGCGCGGACUCUCGCGCCUCUUCCAGAAAUGGCAUGGUUGGUGAGAGGACUCCAUCCGCAGAGAUCAAGAGAUUGGACGAUUUCAUGGCGCUUGUGACGGCGACAAUUCUUCAAGCGCUUCCAUACAUCACCCAGCUAAAUCGACUGCUUGACCUAUGGACUACACGUCUAAUGGUACUGCGAAGCGCACCGAGAUAUCUCCGCGACUUGAAGCGGGCUCGCACUGAUUUGGAUCACGGCUGGGCAUCGAUAGCAGUAUCGAUUACUUCUGGACCUGGACAGAACCAUGCCAGCUUUGACCGCAAGACAAUGUUGCAGAUGAAGGCUGUGAUUGAACAACAAGUGGGUAGCCUGGGUCGGAGGCUGGAUCGGUUCUUGAAUGAUCUGGAAGGCAGGGACGACACGGUGCCGGAUGCCUGGAUAGAUGACUUUGAGUCGCUAGAGACUGCGUAUGGUUCCUGGGUCGUACAAGCCGAACGCAAGGUCCUCGAAAAUGAGUGGCACGCGAGAAGAGCUAGUGUUGGGCUGCCACCAGCAGCUUUGCCUGUUGCUAGCAAACGAUCGGUUGUCGGUCAGCCCGAGCAUGCUGUCCCUAUGUCAGAGCUGGAGGAUCCGAUCUUGGAUCAUGAUGCCGUAAUGAGGGCCUCGAUGGAUAAGGCAGAAUACAACGAUGAGACGGCGAAGCAGUCCGCAUCUCAUGUAGGAGAUCACGUCGUCGACGGCUCUGGUCGACCCCUGAUGGGCAGAAAUCCUAAGCUUGAUUCGUUGUCGAAUCCUGCACUUCCUCCACCCGGCGGCGAGAUUGUCGGCGAGCGCGCCGAUUCUGCCACUGCUGCAGCCUUCAUAAGCAGAGGAAACACGCCAGCUUCCGAUUCCAGCUCCAAGGAGGACGGGAUGGGGCAGGUUGCAAAGAGACGUGCUGCUUUUCUGAACGGUAUUGAGAAGACCAACUCGCUCAACAGAUCAAGGGGGUCACCUGCUGUCCGGCCUUUUGAGCACGCUAGUAAUGCGUUCACUCGGCUGUUCAAGAAGGAUCGAAGUCCUGAGCAACUCCCAAUCAGGAGGACAGCAAGCGGCAGGAUUGUUCCCAUACAAAGCGCGGAUGGGGAGCCGAAUCAGCGCGAACUCCCCACAUCAGUAUCGGCAAACGGAACGAGCAGCGACUCGAGAGGGGGCGAACUCAAGAGCCCUCAGACUGGCACAAAUGCAGAAGCCAAGAAGGAAGCGGGGUCCGUAAAGAAGUCCCAAGGCUCUCAGCACACCAUUAUCCGCGGCGAAAGUCCUAUCCGAGAGUACAACGUCGAAGGCGAUCCUCAAAUAGGAGAUCUUGGUUCGAACGCGCGCAGAAAUACUAGCCUCUCGUCUCCGUUUCACUCGCCAGGUGAAGAGCUACUUCCAGAUAACUGGCCACUUAGAUCUACCACUCCCGUGCCGCCAACUGAAAAGCGCUGCCCGAGACUGGAAAUGCACAAGGCCGAAUUAUCGAACUCCGGCUCGGAGUCUGGACCUGAGACGAAAGCGCCUUCGGUUGCUCUGGAGGCAGACGCUUUCGAUCGUAUGUUCGUUCAGAGUCUUCCUUCAACGCCUCAGAGCAGACCGCGCUCCAGUAGAGCAGCUCAGCCCUCCAUGCCUUGGGCCGGUCCACAGAAGAGAGCAGCCUCUCUACCACGGACCACCCCUGAAAGUCUGCCGGAAAUGCCGAAGCUUGACAUUCCUGCUGGGUACCUAGACAUGCUCUCUGCGAGCAGGUCCAAAACACCACCAUCUCGGUCGAGGCCUGCGCAAACACCGUCAAAUGAAACGAGUCCUGUCGCUCCACGCAUCGGUCGAGCUGACAAGUCAGUGCCAAGUGACAUAGCCCGACCGACGGCAGGAACGCCCAGAUCUCGAGGACAAAGUGCUGCCGUUGCUGGUCGGGCGAGAUCCUCGUCAUCACCACUUGCUACGUCACCUUCGCCGGAGCUGGAGUUUGAAGAAUCUGAGGCUCCAGUAGGGGAAGCGGAUAUGGAUCGGCAGCGAAUGAUCAACCGAGCAUCAACGACUUCGAUCGAGAUCUUCUCGCGAUCGCAGUUGAAGAGCAUUGAUGUUCCUAGAAGCUCAAGACACAGCGUCCCGUCCCCAAGGCCGACGCCCCCGCAGACGCCUAGAGCAUCUUCUGAUACUAACAAUACUUUGGAGGGCAACGAUCCAAUGGAGUUCAAGGGUAUGCUGGCUUUCCCGACCCCUCCCAGGCGUUCCAGUCUGUCAGCUCCGGUAUCCGGUCACGACACACCUACUGUCCUUCGUGGAGUGCCCCAAGCUGGCCCUCCCACAGACGCCACCGCUGAAAGCCCUGCGGAAGGCCUGAAAGCAUCAGCGCCUGCUCCACUCAAUGCUAUCAUGGCCAAGCGACGGGGCAAGAGCGCGCUCAAAAUCGAAGACGAGCGCUCACUCCGAACGACUGAUCCCCUUUUGUCGCAAACCAACAAGCAUUCGCGCCAGACGCACGCGGAAGACGACAUUGACAAGAUCGACCGACAUGUGUCUGAUGUAUUGGACAAAUUAUCCGGAGGUAUCAGGUUCAAGCCGCGGCCAGGUGCUGAGACUCCUGUGCCCUUGAACGAGCCACGCGAAUAUGUCGGACCUCGAGCAAAGCAGUCGACGGUACCCCGCAUGUCCAAGGGUGCGAGUAUGACAAUUGCUCCAGCAGAAGCGUCACCAAAGAGACCCACUACCUCUGUGGAACCCGAGGUCAGACUAUACCAUCUGAUCCAAGUUGGACGCGAGGAACAGCCCAUCAAGCUCUUCGUUCGCCUGGUUGGAGAGAACGAGAGAGUCAUGGUUCGCGUCGGCGGUGGGUGGGCGGACUUGGCCGACUUCCUCAGGGGAUAUGCGGAGCACCACGGCAGUCGGACCGUCUCUGAAGGAGCGCUGGAUGUGCAGACCAUGCCUCAUGUCCACGCUCGCAAGGUUAGUGGCCCUGCAGAGGUUAGGGCAAAGACUCCGUCUACACCUACCGAUGUCGCUGCUCGUCCGGGCAGCAAAGACAGCGACGAAGAAUUGCCACGCUCGGGACCAAUGAGACCACGCACGAGAGACGGUAGGAUUACACCGGUGGCUGAUUGGAACACCCCCUCGAAUGCGUACCACUCUACAUCGAAGUCUUCCUCGACGGGAAGCUCGCGACCUGGGACUGCAAACGUGUCGAGACCGUCUAGUAGGCAGGGCAUGGGAGAAGUCGGGCUCGCGGGCCCCUCGAGCGGGAGGAAAGCCAGCCUGCCUGACCAUAAAGCCAAGUGGGUGGAGGGCAUGCUUGAACGGGCCAAGGCUGCCACCUCGGCGGAGAAGUCCAAAGAAGAUCGCGAGAAGUAUUUUGGUGAGCUCGGCAAAGGCGGCGGGACUCGACGUGUCGUCUUUCGAUCGAGCCCUGGUCCUAGUUCUAGUCCUGGACCCGAUGGCAAGGCAAGAUGA